AUCCCUUUCUUCUUGUAUAAUCCUUUCACCUUCUCUCUUCAGUUUCCACCUCCACUGAUUUCAAUGGCAGCUUGUCAAACUUCAAAGCUAUUCUCUACUCUCCCCUCCAACAGAUUAUGCCACUGCACUUUCAUGUCCAUCUCUCAAAAGGGUUUUCAUGGAAACUCACAACAACGGCAUAGAUGAUGAAGACGAUCAUCUCUGGUUCAGAAUUCGAGAGGAAGCUCAAUCAGAUAUCAAACAAGAGCCCUUCUUGUUCAACUACUAUAGCUCUUCGGUUCUGUCACACCUUUCACUAGAGUCAGCGCUUUCAAAUCACCUCGCCAUGAAGCUGAGCACUCCCAGUCUUCCCAUCGACACUCUUUCGCAACUUUUCAUCGCCAUUUUAGGUGACGAUCACAGCAUCAAGACGGCAAUCAGGGACGAUCUAAGAGCUGCGAGAGAACGUUACCCCACAUGCAUAAGUUACGUACAUUGUUUUCUACAUUUCAAGGGCUUUUUGGCCUGCCAGGCUCAUAGAAUUGCACGUAAACUUUGGUCACAAGGUAGGUCUAGUAUGGCACUACUGUUACAAAGUAGGGUUUCCGAAGUUUUUGCCGUGGACAUCCAUCCAAGGGCGAAAAUUGGACAGGCGAUAUUGAUUGAUCAUGCCACCGGAGUUGUGAUCGGAGAGACGGUGGUGGUUGGAGACAAUGUGAUAAAUUUGCACAAUGUGACACUUGGGGGUACAGGGAAAGUUUCAGGGGACAGGCAUCCGAAAAUUGGAGAUAGUGUGUUAUUGGGAGCAGGGUGUAAAGUUUUGGGGAAUAUUAGAAUUGGCGAAGCGGCAAGAAUUGGUGCAGGCUCGGUAGUCUUGAAGGAGGUUCCUCUAAGACGCACUGCCGUAGGAAAUCCUGCUAGAGUAAUAAAAUAAAAUAAUUAAAAUUUGUCAUAGGUAAUUCAGUUGUAAUAUUGAGUUAUCUGAUCAUUAAUUGGUUUAAUUUUUUUUCUUUUCAACAAUUUAUUGAGAAAAGUUGGUGCUUUGGUGGAUGGACAACAAUGUUAAAUGUUGGGCUUAAUUUAGUAAAAUGAGUUGAAUUUGAGUUCAAAUUAUUAAAUUUGUUUUUAUAAAUGGGUCCCAACUCGCUUACCUUGAUCUGAUUUUAAGUUAGAUUUUAUUUGAGCUAAACUUUGAUUGA